AAAAUCAGAAGUCGUCGUGUGAGAAAUAGCGACUUGUGCUACUGAAAACGUGUCUUCUCUUCCUCUGGAAACGGUGGCUCUGAUAGUGUUUGAGUUGCACUGCCAAUUUACAGGGGCGCAGUUUAUACGAGCAUGGCGCUUAAUUUGUCAAGAAUUCCGUUCCCCCGAUUCUUCAGGCAGGUGGAGCAUGACAUUGAAACUGUGGUUAAGGUGCUGCAACCUGGACCUUUGGGAGUAAUAGAGCACAAGUUCACUGAUGAGGAGAUAAAUAGUGCAAAUUUAACUGUAAAGAGAGCAGUGAAGAACUGGCAGAGGACUGCUUACAGUGAAAGGAAUAAUCCUAUCAUGAAAGAUUUCAUAGAUGUCAAGACUUUUACUUUCCAAAAGCCUUAAAUGAUUACUGUAAUUUGUAAGCUGUCUGAUCUUACAUGCUUAUAUAGGUCUAUAAUUUACUUUUUUUGACGAAGAUAUUUACAUUUCAUGGUAGAUCAAAUGACUUUAGUUCCUUAUGUGCCUGUUGCUUGCGGACCACAAUCUGGACGAUGUUUGUUUCAAACUUGGUUAUCGACUUAUUGUGUUAAUCAAAAUGUACCUAUUGUUCUGAA